UACUUGAGGUAAUAACCGGACAAAAGGGUGGAGAUUUGGAGAAUCUGCACAAGAUAUGUCGUAAUGAAUACGAAAAGUUCAGAUCACGCAAUGAACAUAAUCAAAAUGAAUUAGAUUUAUCGAUUGACUCUGAACAAAAAUGUGAGACAGACAAUAAAGAUAAAUCUAUAAAUAGCAUAGCAAUGCAAAAAAAAUCGACUUGGGAACAACAAAAGGUUUUAUUUUUACGAGCUCUAAUCUGCAUCAAGCGAGAUAAUUCAUUGACAACACUAAGAUUUGUGAUGCAUAUUGUAAUCGCGCUGAUGUUUGGGAUUCUUUUCUAUGAUUUCGGCGACAUAGCAGAAAGAGUAAUGAGCAACAUUUCUUACUUAUUUCUCAUUCUGUUGACUUUAUUUUUUUUAAACUCCAUACUGACAGUGAUAAUAAUUCCCACGGAAGCGGCAGUAUUCUUACAGGAACAUUUAAAUGAUUGGUACUCGUUGAGAUCCUACUACAGCGUAAAAGUAUUAACAGAUCUCCCAAUGCAAAUACUUUGUACCUCAUCUUUUGUGUUUAUAUCAUAUUAUAUGACAGGACAACCAAUGGAAUAUGAUAGAAUUUUAAAGGUAUGGGGCGUUUGCCUGUUAAUUAUGAUUCUUGGACAAACUUUCGGAAUAUUUGCAGGAACAGCUUUUGGUACUGAGAUAGGUGUAUUUGUAAUUCCGGUAGUCAGUAUAACAUUUCUUAUGUUUGCUGGAUUUUAUUUGAAAAUAAACGAAACACCGGUAUACCUACAACCUAUAAGCACUGUGAACUUUUACAGAUACGCAUUUGAAGGAGUAAUGCAGGCGGUCUACCUUGAUCGACCAGAUCUGUCAUGCUUGGAAAUUUUUUGUUAUUGGAGCUCGCCAAAAAGGAUUCUCUCAAUGAUGGACAUGCCGACAGUGCCAUUUUACGCAAUUCUAAUAAUAAUUGGCUCUUGGUUACUGUGUUUACACGUGAUCACUUAUGUAUUAUUGUAUUGGAAAAUUUAUCGUGCAGAAAAGUGAUAUAUUUAGUUAGUUAAUAUUCGUUUCAAACAAGAAAAUAUGUUUUAAACAAGAAAUAUCUAUUGUGCAAAUUCUAUUUGUAAUAGUGAAUAAAAUAUUAAAAGAAAUAAUGAAAUUAGAAGUAUAAAA